AUGGCAAUUCUAGAGGCGAUUGGAAAACUGUUACAAUUCAUGCAAUGGCUCACCACGAUCAUGUUGGUUGAGCAUGAUUCUGAUGGCGAUGAGUGGCACAACAACCCAUGUUCUACCCACACGAUGCCCUGUUUCCCCAUGUUCAGAAUAACUUCUCAACAUGAUGACGUAUUAAGUAAGAGAUUUAGUAGAAGUGCCUAUAAAAGAGAAUGGAACUUCUAUCUUCUUCGUACUAUUGCUGAAUUCCUUUCAGAAUAUCUACAUUAUCUUUUCAAGCAAAAUACGCAAAACACGAUGACAGACAAUCUCAGACGUGCCAUGCAAGACAUCGACUUAGGAAGUGAGGACGCUCCCUUUGUUCUUCCCCCUGAAGUGGUGAGACAAGCAGCGGCAGAGAACCGUUUCAUCCUUAUUGGACGUCCCUCUAUGCCUCGUCGACAAAAUUUGCGCAACCUUGUUGCCACCAUGCCUCGGGUUUGGGGAUUGGAAGGACUUGCUCGUGGUCGUGUUAUAGAGGGGAGAAGAUUCCAAUUUUUUUUCCCUUCUGAGGAAGCGAUGGAUACGGUGGUUCGACGUGGGCCUUGGGCGUAUGCAGACAGGAUGAUUGUCCUUCAACGGUGGACACCUCUGAUGGACAUGGCGUUGCUCAAUUUUAUCCCGUUCUGGAUCCAAGUGAGGGGUAUUCCGCUCCAGUACAUGAACCGGGAAGUGAUUCUGCAUAUUGCUCGUGCUAUGGGUCAUCAAUAUAUCCAGAUGGAGUAUAAUGAAGAAACAGGAGGACAGAUGGAGUUUGUGCGGUUUCGUCUUAACUGGGACAUCACACAACCACUCAAGUUUCAGAGAAACUUCCAGUUUACUCCUGGUAUCAAUACUCUCCUUCGUUUUCAGUAUGAGCGAUUGAGAGGUUUCUGUGAAGUUUGCGGUCUUAUCACACAUGAUUCGGGUCGCUUAAAGCUGGUUGGAUUUUUAGAGAUCAUCGAGGUCAAUACUGUGGCGCAGGCCAAGCCAUUGGGAAUAGAGUUAACAACGCUCUUGAGAGUGAACUACAAGGUAUUUUAA